AAACCUAACCUGAGCACUUCACGCCCUCACCGGUGUCCGGCCCAGCUUGGGUCGACCCUUCCCCAUUCAGGACUUGGGGCAGGCAAAAAGCCGAACUCUCGGCCAGACUGGGGCCGCAGCGCCGCCCCCGCUCCAUCCCUCUUUCCCGCCCACCUGGCAAUUCCAGGUGACCAAGAUGGAGUUUUCCAAAAGAAAGUUGAGGACGCCGAGGUUGGCAGGUGACCAGAGGAAUGCUUCCUACCCUCAUUGCCUUCAGUUUUACUUGCAGCCACCUUCUGAAAACAUAUCUUUAAUAGAAUUUGAAAACUUGGCUAUUGAUAGAGUUAAAUUGUUAAAAUCGGUUGAAAAUCUUGGAGUGAGCUAUGUGAAAGGAACUGAACAAUACCAGAGUAAGUUGGAGGGUGAGCUUCGAAAGCUCAAGUUUUCCUACAGAGAAAACUUAGAAGAUGAAUAUGAACCGCGAAGAAGAGAUCAUAUUUCUCAUUUUAUUUUGCGGCUUGCUUAUUGCCAGUCUGAAGAACUUAGACGCUGGUUCAUUCAACAAGAAAUGGAUCUCCUUCGAUUUAGAUUCAGCAUUUUACCCAAGGAUAAAAUUCAGGAUUUCUUAAAGGAUAGCCAAUUGCAGUUUGAGGCUAUAAGUGAUGAAGAGAAGACUCUUCGAGAACAGGAGAUUAUUGCCUCAUCACCAAAUUCGAGUGGAUCUAAGGUGGUGUUGGAGUCCAUUUAUAAGAUCCCUUUUGCUGAUGCUCUGGAUUUGUUUCGAGGAAGGAAAGUCUAUUUGGAAGAUGGCUUUGCUUACGUACCACUUAAGGACAUUGUGGCAAUCAUCCUGAAUGAAUUUAGAGCCAAACUGUCCAAGGCUUUGGCAUUAACAGCCAGGUCCUUGCCUGCUGUGCAGUCUGAUGAAAGACUUCAGCCGCUGCUCAACCACCUCAGUCAUUCCUACACUGGCCAAGAUUACAGUACCCAGGGAAAUGUUGGGAAGAUUUCUUUAGAUCAGAUUGAUUCGCUUUCUACCAAAUCCUUCCCACCUUGCAUGCGUCAGUUACAUAAAGCCUUGCGGGAAAAUCACCAUCUUCGUCAUGGAGGCCGAAUGCAGUAUGGCCUAUUUCUGAAAGGCAUUGGUUUAACUUUGGAACAGGCAUUGCAGUUCUGGAAGCAAGAAUUUAUCAAAGGAAAGAUGGAUCCAGACAAGUUUGAUAAAGGUUACUCUUACAACAUCCGUCAUAGCUUUGGAAAGGAAGGCAAGAGGACAGACUAUACACCUUUCAGUUGCUUGAAGAUUAUUCUAUCCAAUCCACCAAGCCAAGGGGAUUAUCAUGGGUGCCCAUUCCGUCACAGUGAUCCAGAGCUGCUGAAGCAAAAGUUGCAGUCAUACAAGAUCUCUCCUGGAGGGAUAAGCCAGAUUUUGGAUUUAGCAAAGGGGACACAUUACCAGGUAGCCUGUCAAAAAUACUUUGAGAUGAUACACAAUGUGGAUGAUUGUGGCUUUUCUUUGAAUCAUCCUAAUCAGUUCUUUUGUGAGAGCCAACGUAUUCUAAAUGGUGGUAAAGACAUAAAGAAGGAGCCUAUCCAACCAGAAACUCCUCAACCCAAACCAAGUAUCCAGAAAGCCAAGGAUGCAUCAUCUGCUCUGGCCUCUUUAAAUUCCUCUCUGGAAAUGGAUAUGGAAGGACUGGAAGAUUACUUUAGUGAAGAUUCUUAGGCAGUUUUGUAACCCUUUAUCCUCAAUAGCCUUCAUUUUGUUUUUAAGAUUUUGCUUUUGUUGUUGUUGAAAAAGGGUUUCACUCUGUCACCCAGGCUGUAGUGCAGUGACACAAUUACAGCUGAUUGUAGCCUCGACCUUCCCAGCUCAAGUGAUCCUCCUGCCUCAGCCUCCCAAGUAGUUGGGACCACAGGUGUGCAUGCCAUACCCAGAUAAUUUUUUUAAAAAAUUUUUGUGGAGGUGGGGGUCUCCCUAUGUUGCCCAGGCAGAUCUCAAACUCCUGGGCUCAAGUGAUCCUCACACCUCAGCCUCCCAAAGUGCUGGGAUUACAAGUGUGAGCCACUGUGCCUGACCUUUCUUUUUUUUAACCUUUUUAUUUAACUUCUCUCUUCACUGCAUCCCAGUCCAUCUACAGAAAGCAGGUUUGAGGUAAAAACAAAGACCUUCACUAUAUUUUGCUUUGACAAAAGGAAAGAGGAAGAAUUUAUAUUAAAAUCUAUCACUUGAGUGAUGUCAUUUAAGUCCUGUUUUAGGAGAUAAAAAUAGCUUUUGGGACUGGUUAAAGUCCCCCAGAAACUAUAAUACAGUUAAGAACAACUUUUGUUUUAACUCUUAUCACUUUGUAAUUUUGACUCAAUCCUUUUCUGGACCAUUUUUGUUAAUAAAUAUCAAAGUGUA